GGUUAAGGACCUGACAUUUCAGCAGAGCAGCUGCUUUCCUAAAGGUGCACUGGAACCUAGUGCAGAGAGACAGCUGACCUGACACCCUGGUGAUGACAACAGCGUCUUGUGUCCUUUAGACUCAGGCUAUGGAACAGGACAACCUUUAUGACCUCUCUCAAAUAACUAACAGUCUUUUUAUCAGUAAUGCUGUGGUCGCUAACGACAAACUCGCCCUGUCCAACAACCACAUCACCACAAUUAUCAAUGCCUCGGUAGAAGCAGUGAAUGCGUUCUUUGAAGACAUUCAGUACGUGCAAGUGCCGGUGAGUGGUGCUCCCAACGCCUACCUCUAUGAUUUUUUCGACCCCAUAGCUGAUCACAUCCACGCCGUGGAAAUGAGGAAUGGCCGCGUGCUGCUGCACUGUACCUCAGGAGUGAGCGGCUCAGCAGCCUUCUGCCUUGCCUAUCUCAUGAAAUACCACAACAUGACGCUGCUGGAUGCACACACAUGGACCAAGUCCUGCCGACCCAUCAUUCGUCCCAACAACUGCUUUUGGGAGCAACUUAUUCAUUACGAGUUCAAGCUAUUUAGUAAGAAUACUGUGCGCAUGAUCAACUCUCCUAUGGGUCUGAUCCCUAACAUCUAUGAAAAGGAGGCCCAUGUAAUGGAGCCAAUAUGAGCCACCCACCCCUCCCCAGACAUCUGCAUUGGCUCCUACAUCAAGAUAAACGAAUAACCUUGGACCUUUGGUUAAUUACAAAAACAAAAACAAGAAGAGGCCUUGUGGAUGAGGGGGAAAGGGAUUGGGAUUUUUAAUUGUCCUAUCUUCAAAUAAAGUUACAUGUAAGAUGA